AAGUAUAAGUCCUCCCCAGAGGAGGGGCACCAUUGCUGCAAGAUGAUGCUCGGUAUGAAGACCGUCCUGCUGAUCCUCAUUGUCCUGGCGGUGGCCGUGGGCCCAGCCCGGGCACUCCGCUGCCACGUGUGCUCCAGCUCCUCCAACUGCAAGCAACCACAGACGUGCCCAGCCAGCUCCCGCUACUGCCGGACCAUGACCACAGUGGAGCCUCUGUCCGGGAACCUGGUGAGGAAGGACUGCGCAGACUCCUGCAUGCCCACCUACAGCCAGCAGGGCCAGGUCAGCAGUGGCGUCCAGUCCACCCAGUGCUGUCAGGAUGACCUGUGCAACGAGAGGCUGUACAGCGCUGCGCCCGCCCGCACCCUGCUCAGCAGCGCCACCCUGGGCCUGGCGCUGGCCCUGGGCCUCCUCACCAGCGCAGCCCCCCGCCUGUAACCCCCAAGGCCAGGGUGUCGCCCCUUACCUUCCCUGGGUCCCCUUCCUCCCUGCCUCGGUGGGCUGGGGCUCCCCCAGAGGGCUGCGCGGUCCUGCUGUCCGUGCGGAGCAGCUCCUCCCUGAACAAGAGGACUGGCUCUCCAACCCGCGGAGGGAGGACGGGCUGCUCUGACCCCUGAUUUGGUGCCCACUCCUUUGAUUUUGUACUGGAGCCUCCGCAUGGAAAUAAAUGACUUAAGAUUA